CACAAAGAAGUAACGCUAAUGCGGAAAUACUGCAAACAGGAAAAACAUUAGAGUUGGAGAGAUCGGAUUUAAUUGAUUGUUUUAAUCAGUAGCAUGGCAGUCAGCGCGGUGCAUUUAGAGUCCGACGCUUUUCUCGUCUGUAUGAAUCACGCCUUGAGUACAGAGAAGGAGGAAGUCAUGGGGCUGUGCAUCGGAGAGGUGGACACAAAUCGCAUUGUCCACAUCCACUCGGUUAUUAUCCUGCGGCGGUCUGACAAGAGGAAGGACCGAGUAGAGAUUUCUCCUGAACAGCUUUCUGCAGCCUCCACUGAAGCGGAGAGGUUGGCUGAUAUGACGGGGCGUCCUGUACGGGUAGUGGGAUGGUACCACUCUCAUCCUCACAUCACUGUGUGGCCAUCACACGUUGAUGUGAGGACCCAGGCCAUGUACCAGAUGAUGGAUCAGGGGUUUGUUGGUCUCAUCUUUUCCUGCUUUAUUGAAGAUAAGAACACGAAGACCGGUCGAGUUCUGUACACAUGUUUUCAGUCAGUGCAAGCCCAGAAAGGCUCAGAGUAUGAGAGGAUCGAGAUUCCAGUCCACGUGGUUCCUCACGAGGCCAUUGGUAAAGUGUGUCUGGAAUCUGCAGUGGAACUUCCCAGAAUUCUGUGUCAAGAGGAACAGGACACAUACAGGAGGAUCCACAGUUUAACUCAUUUGGAUCCAAUCACAAAGAUACACAAUGGCUCAGUAUUCACCAAAAACCUGUGCAGUCAGAUGUCAGCAGUAAGCGGGCCGCUGUUGCAGUGGCUGGAGGAUCGACUGGAGCAGAACAAAAAGAGCAUCGUGGAGCUGCAGAAAGAGAAAGAGAGACUGACUCAGGAGCUGGCCUCGUUAUGAUCACCACCAUCACCAUCACCGUGCUGCAGCUCCAGGCUUCAUCUUCUACACUUUAAGUUUCUCGUCUAAAGCAGCUGGUGCACUGAACACCGUGGCCUUUCUGUCAGUCUGCAAACUCGAGAUCAGGAAUCAGUGCUUAUGAGGAGAGGAAGAAAGCAAGUAGAUAGAGAGAGAGAGAGAGACACAGUGUCUAAUCACCACUUUAUGAUGUUUAUUACACUGCUGUUGUUGUUGAUGUUCUCGAUGUUAAUGACGUUGCACAAUUUCUGCUGGUCAUUGUUUCCAGAACUCACCUGAUGACAGAAAAGUAAGUAGAUUCUUUUUAAUAAAUAUUUUUCUGCCUACAUUUUGUUCCACAUUUAUGUCCUUUUAUUUUUUUCCUUUUCAUUUAUGUCCUCAUGAGCAAAAUGUAAUGUUAGUACUAUUUUGUUGUCCUCAAAAACACACACACACACACGAACGAUGCACAAAUAUGUCUAAUUAUAAUAUGAUGCGAAAUAAACUGGGAAAGUUGAAGUUUUCAAA